UUCAUUCUUCAUUCUUCAAACAUAUUUCUCUCUCUCUCUCUACAAAGAAAUUUCCAAUUUUUUUUCUAGCUGAUUCAGUUUUCAGAAGGAGGUUUUCGAAUCAUUGAACCCACUUAAUUCAACAUCUUCGUUUGCAUUGAGCACUUAACGUAACAUGUCUAUUAAGAUCAACGAAGAUACCCUUUUGCAGGUGGAGACAACAUGUGGAACUCUUCUUUAUGAGCUUCAGAUUAUAUGGAACGAAGUGGGGGAAUCGGAAGCCGAAAGGGAUAAGUUGUUGCUUGAACUUGAACGCGAAUGUUUGGACGUUUACAGAAGGAAAGUAGAUCAGGCUAAUCGCUCAAGAGCUCAGUUAAGACAAGCCAUUGCUGAUUCUGAAGCAGAGCUUGCAGCAAUUUGCUCUGCAAUGGGGGAAAGACCUGUACAUAUUAGAAAGUCGGAUCAUAACCUGGAAAACUUGAAGGAAGAAGUAAGAGCUAUUCUUCCUCAAUUAGAAGAGAUGAGGAAGAGGAAAUACAUGAGGAGGAAUCAAUUCAAUGAAAUUGUGGAGGAAAUACAAAAAUUGUCUAAUGAGAUUCACAAUUCUUCUUGUUCUUUCUCAUUAGUGGAUGAAUCAGAUUUGUCUCUAAGAAGACUCGAAGAAUUGCAGAAAGAUCUACAUGCGCUUCAGAAAGAGAAGAGUGAUCGGCUGAUGCGCGUGGAGGACCUUCUAAAUAGUUUGAAUUCGUUAUGUGUUGUGAUCGGAGCUGAUUUCAAUCUGACGGCUGUUGAAAUUGAUCCUAGUUUUGGUGAUGCUGAUAAAGGAGGCAGGAAUAUAAGUGACGAAGCAAUUGGACGGUUGACAGCGGCUAUACAUUUGAUCCGUGAGAUCAAAAUACAGAGAAUGCAACAGAUUCAAGAACUUGCAACCACAAUUCUGGAGUUAUGGAAUCUAAUGGAUACGCCGGUUGAAGAACAACAGCCUUUUCAGAACGUUACAAGUCAUAUAGUAGCUUCCGAGGAAGAGAUAACAGAGGCUAACAUGCUUUCUCUGGAUUACAUUAACAUCGUUGAGGCUGAAGUUAGGAGAUUGGAAGAAAUGAAAGGAAGCAAGAUGAAGGAAUUGGUAAUGAAGAAAAGAAUAGAGCUUGAGGAGAUGUGCAUGAAGAUGCAUUUGGUACCUGAAUCUGGAACUAUGGAUGGUAAUAUGAUAAUUGAAGCUAUUGAACGUGGAACGAUGGAUGCUGGCGUGGUUCUUGAGGAAAUAGAAAGGGAGAUAUCGAAUGCAAAAGAGGAGUGGCUGUGUAGGAAAGAGAUAGUUGAGAAAGUAGACAAAUGGGUUUUGGGAUGUGAAGAAGAGUGUUGGCUGGAGGAGUAUAAUCAGGAUGAAAACCGUUACAAUGGCGGCCGUGGAGGUCAUCUGACAUUGAAACGAGCUGAAAAGGCUCGUGCUUUGGUGAAUAAACUUCCUGGAAUGGUGGAGACGAUUGCGUUAAAAGCCAGAGCAUGGGAGAAUGAAAGAGGAAUGGAUUUCAGUUAUGAUGGUAUUCGGCUGAUUUCUAUGCUGGAAGAGUAUACCAUUCUACGGGAAGAGAAAGAACAGGAACGCAAGAGACAGAGGGAUAAGAAGAAGGUUAAAGGACAAUUGAUAACAGAACAGGAAGCGAUGUUUGGUUCAAAAUCAAGUCCUAUGAAACAGCAGAAUGGUAAAAAGGCAUCUAGGCUAUCAAUGGGUGGUGGGCAAAGCGGCGGCCAAAACAAAAGGAGAAUCUCUCUUGGAGGAGCAAACUUACAAACACAGAAACCAAUCAUUAAUAAUCAAAACAGUAACAACACCCUUCUUCUUCUUUGUCAUGCAAAUGCAAAGAAGAAGAAUCAAAGAAAUGAUUUUGAUGAUGAUUAUGAAAACGAUUCUUCAUUUCAAUCUUUAUUAGCCGCCACAAACAACAACAACAGCAAGCUUGAUGAAACUAUUUCACGCAAACCGUUUUCCCCAAUUUCUUCCAAGGCAAAUGUUAUUCAAGACUUUAUGAACAGAAAACAGACAACAACAACAACAAGUCCUUCGAAAGUAAUGAUGAUUCCGGCUGAACCUUCCACACCAUCAGUGGUGGCAGUUCCUAUGCAGACAUUCAUGACUCCGGCAGCAGCAACAGCAACAGCAGCAGCACAUCCACUUCAUUUCAAUCUUAACCCAAACCGAUCACCGCCACUAGAAGAAGAAGAAUACUCAUUUGAAGAAAGGAGACUCGGCUUUAUGCUUCCUAGAACAACAACAACAACAACAACUACACACCUCAUCAAGCCAUUCAUCGUACAAGCUGCCAAUUCUUCUGCUUUACUCAUAACUCAAUCUUAGUUUUAUCUAUUGAACAAGAUCCAACCUUUAGUUAAUUAAUUAUAUGUAAUAAUCAUUCUUUUAUAGUUUUUAGUUAUAUUUAAUAAUCAUGUUUUAACUGUCAUACAAACAAUUGAUUAAUACUAAAAAUGACAU